AUGUCGGACUUCUUCCGAGCGUUCAGUCGUAUGGUGGGUCAACGUCAGAGAGCGACCAUGGCCUACCGACCUCAAGCGAACGGCACUGCGGAGAGAAUGCUCCAGACUCUAACAAGAUCGCUCAAGAUGUACGUAGCCGACGUAGGUCAGCGAGACUGGGAUGAAUACGCGGAACGAUUAACGUUCGCGUUAAACACGGCUCAAGACAGAGUACGAGAGGAAACACCGUUCUAUCUGAGUCACUAUCAGCGAGAAAGAGACCAAGUCAACGAGAAUUUACGGGCGGCUAGUCAGGCUCGGGUGCAAGCGCAAAAUGAAGGGGUAGUCGGCCACGAAAUUCAGCCAGGGGCCCGGGUAUGGCUAUACUUAGACCGAGUGAAGGAGGGGUAUGCCAAGAAAUUGGCCCACCUAUGGCAUGGAUCGUUCCGAGUCCAGGAGUUAGUCGGAGAUCAUGCGGUACGUCUGGAGUUACGAGAGGGCGAGUAUGAAGUCGAAGAAAUUUUAGAGAGUCGUACAGGCAAGAAGACUCGGUAUGGGAGGCAACAACGAGAAUUCCUCGUGCAAUGGAAGGGAAACCCUGACCCCUCGUGGGUGGACGAAGUGGAUCUGAAUUGCGGAGCCUUACUCCGGGACUUCGAGCGCAAGAAGACAAGCCAUAACCGCUUCGAAGUAAUGCAAAGCCAUGAGAACUAG